UCAUCGACUCCAUCCCUUUCCCCUCUGAAAAAAGAUCCUGACAGAAAAACCAAAACAAAUGAGACCACCACUAAAACCACCAAACCAAUUGAAAUCAUCAACGACAUCAGCAACAGCAGCAGCAUCAAAUAAUCUAUGGGUUGGGAAUUUGUCAGCAGAUGUAACAGAUUCAGAUUUACAUGAUUUAUUCUCAAAACAUGGUGGUCCCGUUGAUUCAAUUACUUGUUAUCCUUCCCGCAGCUAUGCUUUUGUUAAUAUGAAAACCCCCGAAGAUGCCGUUAAAGCCUUGGAUUCCCUUCAAGGUUUCGCUUUACGUGGCGGAUCUCUUAAAAUUGAUUUUGCUAAACCGGCUAAACCUUGCAAGAGUCUGUGGGUUAGUGGCAUCAGCAUUUCCACAUCUAAAGAAGAUCUGGAACAAGAAUUUUCUAAAUUUGGUAAAAUAGAGGAUUACAAAUUUCUCAGGGAUAAGAACACAGCUUACAUUGAUUAUGCCAGAUUAGAGGAUGCAUCCAAAGCCCUAAAAAUGAUGCAUGGCAAGCAUAGAGGUGGAAGUAUGCUUCGUGUGGAUUAUUUAAGAUCCCACUCGAAAAGAGAGCAGGGUCCUGACAUUCGUGAUGCAAAGGAAGGGUUAAAUUCCAGAUAUAUGGUCCCACUUGAUUCACCUUGGUUACCAGAUGCUGUUAAUAACUUCUCUGAUCCUUCGUAUCAUGGACGCAAAAGAAAACAGAACAUCUUGCCCUUAGAGGGUCGAAAAGGAAAUGUUGAACAACCAAGUAAUGUUCUGGUUAUAUCAUAUCCUCCUGUUGUUCAUAUCGACGAGCAGAUGUUGCACAACGCCAUGAUUUUAUUCGGUGAGAUUGACAAUAUCAGCAGUUUUCCUUCAGAACAAUAUUCACUUGUUGAGUUUAGAAGUGUGGAAGAGGCACAACUUGCCAAGGAUGGCCUCCAAGGCCGUCUUUUCAAUGAUCCCAGGAUUUCAAUUAUGUUUGCAUCCAACGAGCAUGCACCAAACAAAGAUAUAUCUGGAUUCCAUCCUGGAUUGAAAGGGUUGCAGCCUCAUGCAAUCUUUAAUGAACUCCCAACCCCGAAAUCGCAAUUGGAUGCAUAUGGUCACCCUGUAAUUCCAAAUAAUUUGCAUGGAUCUGCACUACCUUAUGGUUUAGGAGGACCUGACAUUCCUAUCAGACAUUUUGCUCCUUCAGAUAGCUUUGAUUCUAUCAACCCCAUGGGUGCUCCAAACUGGAGGUCUUCCACGACCCCUGGGAGGUCUUCUUCUUCAUCAGCGAGUGUAAAUCCACUGGCCAGGCCUUCUCCUGGUAGAUGGGACGUUUUUGAUGCAAGCCAAUUGCACAGAGAGCCGAAAAGGUUGAGAAGGGAUACUAACAUACCCUUAAGGGAUAUGAAUGAUAAGGGGUUGUUGGGCCCUGAUCCUUCUUACCGUGACAUCGCACAGCUUAAAGGUAUUGGCCGUUUAGACGCGAGAUUCCCAACCCAAGAUACUGACAUAGGUCAGCCCAGUUCUGACUAUAUCUGGCGAGGUGUUAUUGCUAAGGGUGGAACUACUGUCUGCCAUGCUCGUUGUGUUCCUAUCAGAGACUGGAUUGGAUAUGAUAUCCCAGAAGUUGUUAAUUGCUCAGCUAGAACAGGAUUGGAUGUGCUGGCCAAGCACUAUACUGAUGCUGUUGGUUUUGAUAUUGUUUUCUUCUUGCCUGAUAGUGAAGAAGAUUUUGCUUCAUAUACAGAAUUCGUACGUUACUUAGGUGACAGAAACCGUGCCGGGGUUGCCAAAUUUGAUGAUGGAACCACCUUGUUCUUGGUCCCACCUUCUGAGUUCUUGUCAAAUGUUUUGAAUGUUUCUGGUCCCGAGCGUCUGUAUGGAGUUGUUCUGAAGUUCCCUCAAAAUACCUCUGCUAGCACAUCAGUUGGCCCGUUAUUAACCCAGCCUCAAUUUUUUGAUAAGCAGCAGGUUUCUUCUCAAAAUUCGUAUAAUAUAAUGCCUAGUGGGGAAAAGGUUCUACAAAGCUAUUAUAGUGAGGCCCCACAUGAUGACUCAAAGUCAAAAUCAACAGGUCCUCCAACUUUGAAUCCCUUGGCUUCCCCUCCCCCUCCUCCAGCUAUCUCUACAUCUACCCCUCAAACCGGGCUUUCUUUAACACCUGAACUUAUUGCAACGCUCGCUUCUCUGGCCAAGGGAAAGCUUAGUGGCCAGCAACCAUCAGGUGCAUCAGGUGGGGCACCUGUGAUGGGGACUGUAUUGACAUCUGUGGCACCUAAUGAGAGACCAAUUAAGGCUUGGGAAUAUGAACCCGGACCAUCGAACUUGGGUGGGCAUGUGAUACAACAAUCUGAAAAUAUAUUUCAUGGUCAAACACAAGUUCAACCGCAACAUCAGGAUUAUCAGUCACACAAGCUAAAUGACUCCCAACUGAGCUCUAGCGUAACCUUCCCUCCGAUACAAAACUAUUCUUUUAAUAUGCCCCAACAUGAGGACCCGCAUUCUAGAUAUGGAUUAGAACAAAAACCAGAUGCUGGCUCAGUUUUACAUACUGGAAAUAAUCUUUAUGGUGGCAAUAAUUACCAGCCACAAAGUUUGGAGCCAGUUGGACCUGGGAACUCAGGUAUGCAGCUCCCCGAGAUGCAGCAGCGUCAGUCAGCAUUAUAUGCAACGAAUCAGCAACCGUCUGAUUUUGAUGCUAACAAGAAUGAGCGCUAUCAAACUACACUGCAGUUUGCUACAAAUCUUUUGCUCCAAAUGCAUCAGAAGCAGUCAGGGGCUCAAUCAGGGCAGGGGGGUGGAAAUCACUAAGGAGGUGUUCUUCAUUAAGGUAUUAUUAGCAAACCCGUAUUUUUUCAAGUCUAAAUGAAAAUAUAAUUUUCUAUUAGAUUACUUAGAAAAGCCAAAGAUUUGAUUUAUUUGUUAGUUCUUUUAAGAGGUACUGCUUAUAGUUUGGUCAAUUUUCCUCCUUGUAUUACCUUUUGCUGUAUGCAUCUCGUUGUAUAGAUAUAUAGUUUCAUAAAGUAGGUUCAGUGGGUGUCCUAUGGUUAAUUUACUGAUGGGUUUAUCUAUAUCCUUACCCUUUAUUUUUUCUCUCACUUACUUUUCCCUUUAGAGUCAACCAUGUUGCUAUCAAUCAGAGGUAGCAAGAUGGGCUGGGAGGGCAGAUUGGGUCAGAUGUCAAAGUGGGAACCGUCUGAAACGGGUCUUACUAGAAUUGGUCUGGGUUAAGUACUUAAGUAACCCACAAACACUAUUCGUGCAUUGGUUAAAAAAUUUUAAAAAUAAAUGAUGCAUGAAUUAAGGUUACAAAGAAAUGCUAUAGCCAUAUGAAUCUAAGUACGUGAAUGAAUCCAUCCAGAAGGAAGUUUGUGUAUUCGAACGGACUUUGGAUGACUUUCAUCCCCAUCUAACACAUUCCCCUUGUACUUCAAAUGAGAUAAAGCACAAUCCAAUCAAAGAUUUAGUGCGUACAGGAACCAUGUAUAAGGUGGCCUAGUGGUUAGCCAUCCUGAAGUUCUCAAAAGAAACCGGGGUUUAAGACUUACUGGGUAAGCGUGGAAGUUACGGGUAAGCCCAUGUAUAUCAGAGCCAAAGGCUUUAAUUUCCCCAGGUAGCCUCUCCGUUUACCCCUUUUGUGGUGCAUACUUGUAGAAUUCAUGCUUUGCAUAGGGCAGAAUUAGUGUACAUAUGGAAAUAUAUGUCAAAUGAUGCAUGCUUAUGCAAAUAUUGGAAUAGGUGUUAAAUUUGUUACACGGUACAAUUCCUAUUA